CCUGUCACAAGGUAAACAUAGACGCUUCAAAGUCAACUCUGGCUGCUUCCUCUUUCUGUUGUCGUUACUGCUAGCUAGUGAAAUUAACGAAACGGUCAUCAUUGUCGGGCAACUUAAAAUGGGUAGUUGAUACGAUGAUUAGAUGAAUGCUAAAUGUAUCAAUUUGUGAAUAAUUGGCAAUGGAUAAUCUGUAUAAACUGCCAACGUUUCCUCCUGGUCGUGGGUUUACUAGCUAAAGACGUUAGCUGCUUGCUAUCCUUGUAGCUAGAGCCUUCUCCGCUUGCAGCUAGCUAGAUCAGCUGGCAAACUCGGCUCAGCCAGCUACGGGAGAAUAACAAUUAGCUAAUACAGCCACUUGUCAGCACAGUUCAUUGUAGCUAGCUACAUCAGUUUGACAGUUAACGUUAUCUAAAGAGAAUGGCGUCGUCUUUUGUGAUUGGAAGCACAUUUCGAGAGAGGGUAAUAGACUUGCUGGAGAACGAUGAGUUUUCAGUUCCAACGGAGCUACAGAAAGAAGUGGAGGAUAUUCUUCAACAGGAACCACCAUCAACUCUGUCCUUCAGAACUGCUAGAAAACUUAAUAAAUGUCUGCAAGACAAUGGUCAACCUUUCUACCUUCAUGAGUUGUUGGAGGACAGCUCAUUGCACCUGCCUAAGGUUGAAAUGCCCCCCAGAAACCCUAUGCUUGUGGCUCGUCUGGAACGAAUCAAAGCCAAGUUGGCCAAUGAAGAAUACAACAGGAUCACACGGAAUGUAAACACUCAGCAAAUUAAUCGUUGUGAGACACUGGCGGACUUUGGGAGAGAAGUGCGCUCAGCCAAAGCUGCAGUUGUGACGGUCUUAAACUUCCUAGUGACAGUGGCGGCGACGUUCGCUUGCGCCUAUCUUGGCAGUCAAUACCUCUUCACAGAAACAGCGGCGAGGGUGAUAUCUGCAGUGAUUGCUGCGUCCAUCGUCGGCCUGGCAGAGCUGUAUGUUCUGGUACGGACCAUGGAGGGAGAGCUAGGAGAACCAUAGCACCAGUCAGUGUUCUUAUCAACAAAAUACUUUCCUGGAGAACAAUGCCCUUAUCUGACCCACCAGUGGACUUCAAAACAGAAAUCAAAGGGGUUGAGUGAAAGUUGACAUGACCACAAAACUAUUGAUAAGAAUUGUCUCAGGUCGUUCGCAUAUUGAAAUCUGAUUGGUGUGAAGAUCUUGAAUGUGACCCAGAUGUAAAAGUAGUUUGUUUUAGCAUUGCUGCUCUAUGAUGAAGUUAACGCCAUGUUUCACAACUCAUUUACUAAUGUGGACUAACAAAGUUGGGAUAUUUAUCUAUUUAUUUACAUCCAUGAUGCUUUUAUAGUGCCUGUUAAAUUAGCCCCCUUCAUAACAUUUGUAUCAUAAUUUCCUACUUAGAUGGAACAGGGAUUUUUUUUCUCAUGCAAUAGCUUAUUCAUACUGUACUUUCACGGUCCUUCAGUAUGUCGGUAUUGUUUGUCUAUUCAAUAAAAUUAGCACCCAGGUAAUUCAA